ACACUGGCUGAUUGCAAACAAAGCGUUUAAUUGCUUUAUUUUUCGACAUUGUCUUUCCUCUUGCCGCAAUUCAAUAACGGUUGAAAUUUUAAGCAAGACUUAACAGCAGCUAUGUAACCAGAUUCACACAUAUCUCUUUGCUUUUCAAAGAUUGCACAUUUUGGUGUAAACUUGCAGGGAUUCCCGUGAUUACAAAUGCGACGUCAGCUGUGAGUUUGCAGCCAGUAAGAGACAGACCCGUGAUAAAAAGAAAAAAAGAAAAAAGAAAAAAAAAAGCUGCAUCAUCACUGUGAACUGGACUCUGACAGACGAUGAGCUGUUUGUGGCCAGACGAGACGAGACCUUUAAGUACAGACCUUUGGAUUUCUCGGUCACGUGACUCGGUUUCUACAACCUGCCUGUCUUCUCCCCGCUGACCGUCCGCUCCCACCACCGAAAAAUUAAAAACACAGGAUGGCACAGGCUCCCAUGUCAUGUGAUUGUUUUGUUUCUUUACCCCCCGGUUCUCGCGAUGACCACGUGAUUUUUGGGAAGAACUCAGACCGUCCCCGAGAUGAGGUGCAGGAGGUGGUCUACCACCCUGCAGCGUCUCAUCCUCCAGGAUCCACGCUGGAGUGCACGUACAUCCAGAUCCCUCAAGUGGAGAGGACCUAUGCCGUCGUCCUCAGUAAACCAGCCUGGCUGUGGGGCGCCGAAAUGGGAGCUAAUGACCAAGGAGUGUGCAUUGGGAAUGAGGCAGUCUGGACCCGAGAGCCUGUGGUCCCUGGAGAGGCUUUGUUGGGCAUGGACCUUGUCCGGCUCGGGCUGGAACGUGGCGACAGUGCCUGGGCAGCACUGACAGUCAUCACUGGCCUCUUGGAGCAGCAUGGCCAGGGCGGGCAGUGCAAGGAGGAACCAGAACCCUUCAGCUACCACAACACCUUCCUCCUGGUGGACCGCAGUGAGGCCUGGGUGCUCGAAACCGCUGGGAGACUCUGGGUGGCGCAGAAAGUCUCAGAGGGCGUAAAGAACAUUUCCAAUCAAUUAACCAUCCACACUGAGAUCUCAGCAGAGCAUCCAGAGCUACGAAGCGUGGCCAAGGACCAGGGCUGGUGGGAUGGCCAGGGAGAGUUCAACUUCUCUCAGGUGUUUAGUCCUGAAAACCCUCCGGCCAGGAUGGAGCUGGCCAAGAAGCGCUACAAGGGAGGCACAGAACUGCUCCAACAGCACGAUGGCUCAGUGACGGCGGAGGUGAUGAUGACCAUUCUGAGAGAUAAACCCAGUGGCAUCUGCAUGGACUCUGGAGGAUUUUGCACCACAGGCAGCAUGGUGUCUGUCCUGCCCAGAGACGCUAGCCUUCCCUGCAUUCACUUCUUCACUGCCACCCCAGACCCAUCCAGGUCUAUAUUCAAGCCUUUUAUAUUCUCGGAUUGUCCCACCCCGGUCCUGAGGGUGGUCUCUCCGCAGUUUGGACCAAGCGACCCCGUCAGGAAGCAGCCGCGCUUUCAGAGCCGGGUGGAUCGCAGACACGAUCUCUACAAGGCCCACCAGGUGGCGCUCAACACCAUGGAGACCAAACCGGAUGAAGGUUUAGCCGUCUACGACAUCCUGAGGGAUCUGGAGUCGCAGUGUCUGAGCGAGAUCUCAGCCAUGCUCAGCGGAGAGAUACCAGGAGACGAACUGGGGGACCUGUUCUUUGAUUGUGUGGACACAGAGAUUAAGUUCUACCAGUGAGAAGCAGCUUUCCUGCUUUAACACAUAAACAAAAGCCGCUGGUUCGACCAGGUAGGAAUGGCCUGGGAUCUCUGAUGACAUCUUUUCGGGAUGGUUGGUUUGGGGGGGCUGCGUGUUCUUUUUGUGGCAGUUUGGUCUAUGUCUGAGCAUGAUGGGUUCUCAGCCUGUCCCUAAGCUAGGCUAUGGUGGGAAUCCCUAAUAUUGGUCACAAGGGAAAAUGGUACUGUGCUCUCCCUCCCUUGGUCAUUCUGGGAUCCUGGUGGGUGGUGUGGGGGUUACUGGGGCCUUGUGCAGGAGCCUGGCUGCCAGUGGAGUGGGGUUCCAGUCUUGUUCUGCACUGUGGGACAUGGAAGUGGUGCUGAGGUGGGGGUUCAGUGCCUUUCCUUCUCUAUCUGUGCCUCUUUGGUCUGAUUCUCCUGUGUGUCACUGACAACCUGCCUACUUCUGCUGUAUGACUGCUCUGAGUUGGUGUCUUUCUGCAAUUUGCCCUCUUCUGGUCUUAACCUCUGAGUGUUGCAAGCUUUCCACUCUUUGCACCAUUCUAGCAACUUUUCACCUUUAGGAGAUUUUCAUACUGCUCAACACAGACACGCAGCUGCACACCUACUCAGACACAAAUAAUCCAAAUCGCUGAAGGACAUACAAGCACAAGCUCUCGUUCCAUCGAAGUCGCUUGUCUACUUUGAUGCAAUUUAAUGAAAUCAAUCUUGCAAUUAGAAUACAAUAUUGAGAUAUACUUUUUGCAGAGUAAAAUUGCCCUGGUGCAUUUAGGCAACCAUCCCCACACCAGACUGUGGAGAUGUUUCCACUAGUGUGACUUGUGAAUUUUAUUUGUGUAUCAAAAUUAUUUUCAUUUUUUGUUCUUCAUAGCAUGUCACCUUUGACUUUUUGUUUCUCAUAGCCAUAUUCUCCUCUCCCCCCUUAGUAAUAUAAUCUAAAAAAGAAUCCAAAUGGACAUGUGUGUGUUAUAAACUCUGCCCUAACCAUUUUCAUAUCUAUAUCAGCAAAUGCCAGGUUGUUAGCAAGUCUUCUUCAGUGCAGAACUUUUGUCAACUUUCUACUUCUGAUCACUAGGAUGUGUUCAUGGUUUUGUCCUUUGUUACAGCUCCCUCAGGUGGACACUCCCCAGCACUCAUGGCAUGGCAGGAAAAGCCCUGGCACUAUUAAAAAGAAAAAUCUCCUGUGUUCCUUUCUUUGUCUGGUUGGCCACCGCCUCACUUAUGCAACCUGCAUUCUGACCCCAAUCCAUCAUUAAACGCAGACUGAAUGUCUGAGCUGCACAUGCAAUUGGCGCACAUUUAUCAUCCGUAUCACCCGGGGAGCAAUGACUGCACCUCAUUAGUGAGUAUACUGAUGUAGACUACACGGGCGCUCAUGUAGAGCUGUGUGAUUGUUGCACAAAUACUCUGAGUAGGCAUUUGUUUAAACGUUUGUUUGCUGCUGCAGAUGAAUGAGUGGUCAUCUGGUCUGAAGGCUGUCCAUAGGGAGACCUGUAAUAAAGGAAGUGCAUAGCCUGUCCAAAGU